CUUCAUCUUCUUCAUCUUUCUUCACAUAUAUUUUUUUUUUCCACUAUUUUCUCACUUCACUUCACUGCAUCUCAAUCCUAUUCAUUCAUGGUUUCAAUUUUUUUGUUGUCUCUACUCUAUCAACCCACCCCCCACCACCCCCCACCCCAAAAAAAAAAAAAAAAAAACACUGAACUGAAAUUGGACUUGGAUUCGGACAUGGACCUAGGUGGUUUUUAUCCGGACCAAAAUAACAAACACAAACACAAACACAAACACGCACUCUGUCAGCUAAAACCCUAUCAAAACCCAUAUGGACCAUUCGAUUCAAAAUCCGACCAAGUACAGACCAUCCGAUUUAACUCUGUCCUACUACUAUAUAACUCUUUCGAACCUAAAACCCUAUCAAAACCCCGACCAAAUCUAAACGCUUACCGAUUCAAAAUCCAAACUCUUACAGAAUGAAGGCGUGCCUCAUCAUCCUCUCUGUGAUCGUUGUCUUCAUCGUCUUUGAGAUUUUCAUGGAAAGAGUGAGGGAUAGAGUUCUGGAUGUAGUUAUACCUAUGGCUUUGAUGGGUGUAUUCGUGACUGCCCUACGCUUCCUCUUCCUCACCACAUUUCCGAGGUGUAUUUGGUUGCGGUGGGUGAUUGUCGUCGUUCUCUGCGCCGCCUUCUACUUCUCUUUCGACAACCGCGCCUUGAUUCACCCCCGGUCCAGGCGAGAAGACAUCGUAUGCCGCUACAAUUCAUAUGAUUUGCAGUGGAAAGAAGAUUAUUUUAAAUCUGAAGAGAACUACAAAAAGCAAUCGCUAGAAAAGAUUGACUUAGAAAAAAACCUCUCAAUACUAAAGAAUGAAAAUGAUGCUUUUGAAAAACAAUGUAUUGAAGAUAAGAAUAGGCUGACUAUAAAUAGCGAGACUCAAAAGAUGCGAGCUAGUGAAGAAUUGGAGUUUGCAAAGCGGAAAAUUCAAGAAUUGGAGAGGCGGUGUUGAGAUGAUCGGUCUUGAAAUCUCCAUGUAAAGUUUUAGCUGGUGAAGAUAUUUAGAUUGAAGAUGUCUAUAUUAGCACGAUAUUCAGAUUGAAGCUGUCUAUAUUAGCACUCUUUGACCAUUAUAUUUGACAGUCCAUAUUAGCUGUCUAUAUCACGAUAUUCAGAUUGAAACUGUCUACAUUAGCACUCUUUGACCAUUUAUUAGUUGGAAUAUUAGUAUUGCAACAAUAGUUGCAUUAUAUAAUUUUGUGUCCAAUAGCAAUGUGAGAGACAAUUAUCCAUGUUUUCA